GCCCGUCCGUCGCCGCCAUGGCCACCACGGUGACUUGCACCCGCUUCACCGACGAGUACCAGCUCUACGAGGAUAUUGGCAAGGGGGCUUUCUCUGUGGUCCGACGCUGUGUCAAGCUCUGCACUGGCCAUGAGUAUGCAGCCAAGAUCAUCAAUACCAAGAAGCUAUCGGCCAGAGAUCACCAGAAGCUGGAGAGAGAGGCUCGAAUCUGCCGUCUUCUGAAGCAUUCCAACAUCGUGCGCCUCCACGACAGCAUCUCCGAGGAAGGCUUCCACUACCUGGUCUUUGAUCUGGUCACUGGUGGGGAGCUCUUUGAGGACAUCGUGGCGAGAGAGUACUACAGCGAGGCAGACGCCAGUCACUGCAUCCAGCAGAUCCUGGAGGCGGUUCUCCAUUGCCACCAAAUGGGGGUCGUCCACAGGGACCUCAAGCCUGAGAACCUGCUCCUGGCCAGCAAGUGCAAAGGGGCCGCCGUGAAGCUGGCAGACUUUGGCCUGGCCAUCGAGGUGCAGGGGGACCAGCAGGCGUGGUUUGGAUUCGCUGGCACACCAGGCUACCUGUCCCCAGAGGUCCUGCGCAAAGAGGCAUAUGGCAAGCCAGUGGACAUCUGGGCGUGCGGGGUGAUCCUGUACAUCCUGCUCGUGGGCUACCCGCCCUUCUGGGACGAGGACCAGCACAAGCUGUACCAGCAGAUCAAGGCCGGGGCCUACGACUUCCCAUCCCCCGAGUGGGACACAGUCACUCCCGAAGCCAAAAACCUCAUCAACCAGAUGCUGACCAUCAACCCUGCCAAGCGCAUCACAGCGCACGAGGCGCUGAAGCACCCGUGGGUCUGCCAACGCUCCACCGUGGCCUCCAUGAUGCACAGGCAGGAGACCGUGGAGUGCCUGAAAAAGUUCAACGCCCGGAGGAAGCUCAAGGGCGCAAUCCUCACCACCAUGCUAGCCACGCGGAACUUCUCAGUGGGCAGACAGACCACCGCUCCGGCCACAAUGUCCACCGCGGCCUCCGGCACCACCAUGGGGCUGGUGGAACAAGCCAAGAGUUUACUCAACAAGAAAGCAGACGGAGUCAAGCCCCAGACAAAUAGCACGAAAAACAGUGCAGCUGCCACCAGCCCCAAGGGGACGCUUCCGCCAGCCGCCCUGGAGCCUCAAACCACCGUCAUUCAUAACCCAGUGGAUGGGAUCAAGGAGUCAUCCGACAGCACCCACACCACCAUAGAGGACGAAGACACAAAAGCCCCCAGAAUCUGUGACAUCCUGAGCUCCGUGAGGAGGGGCUCGGGGACCCCAGAAGCCGAGGGCCCCCUGCCCACCCCAUCCCCCAGGAUCUCUGACAUCCUGAACACGGUGAGGAGGGGUUCAGGGACCCCGGAAGCCCAGGGCCCCCCACCCUGCCCGUCUCCGGCUCUCCCAGGCCCCCCACCCACCCCGUCGCGGAAGCAGGAGAUCAUCAAGAUCACGGAGCAGCUCAUCGAAGCCGUCAACAACGGCGACUUCGAGGCCUACGCGAAAAUCUGCGACCCAGGCCUGACCUCGUUUGAGCCCGAAGCCCUGGGCAACCUGGUUGAAGGGAUGGACUUCCACAGAUUCUACUUCGAGAACUUGCUCGCCAAGAACAGCAAGCCGAUCCACACGACCAUCCUGAACCCGCACGUGCACGUCAUCGGCGAGGACGCCGCGUGCAUCGCCUACAUCCGCCUCACGCAGUACAUCGACGGGCAGGGCCGGCCCCGCACCAGCCAGUCCGAGGAGACCCGCGUGUGGCACCGCCGAGACGGCAAGUGGCAGAACGUGCACUUCCACUGCUCGGGGGCACCCGUGGCCCCGCUGCAGUGAAGAGCUGCUGCGGCUGGUUUCACGGGACAGACUUGGUGUUUGGAGCCCAGCUGCCCUUGGGCGCACGGCCUGCCUGUCGCAUGUUUGUGUCUGCCUCGUUCCUCCCCUGGUGCCUGUGUCUGCAGAAAACCAAGACCAGAUGUGAUUUCUUUCUAAAAACAAGACGGCAACGACAACCACACACACACAAAAUUGAUGUCGGAUGAAACGGAAAACAAACUCAACAAGGGAAACAAAGCUGUAAAAAUCACUGGCAUUUGUGGGGCUUCGAACCUUCCGGCCGCUCCCCACCCAGGCUCCACGUGUCCGACCGCUCCUGGCCUCCUCCGGGGACCCGCCAGGGCAGUGAACUUGUCCACAGGGCCUGCCACCCGAGGAACGGUGUUUGCUAGGUGGCGCCCACCCCCAUGCGUCUGCAUGGUCCCUACCAUGCAUGGCUCCUUGUCGGGAGUGUCAGGUACCAUCUGGGGAGGGGCUGGGGGUGCGGAGGGGGCCUGAGCACGGCUGUCCUCCCUCCCACUUCCCUGCCCUCCUCUCCUCCCCGAGAAGGCGGGGGUGUGAGCUUCCGGAGUCCCUGGCAUGGGUGAGCAGUGCAGAGGCUGGGCCAGCCCCUCUGGGAGGAUGCCGAGCCGUUGGAGAUGGUCCCGCGGGCCCAGGGCUCCAGCUCUGGCCAGGGAGGUGCACUUGGGCGGGGGGGCAGGGCGCAAGGGGUCACACCCUAGUUUCAGACCUCAUGCCUGGCAAGAGACAUGCCAAGAGGACACUGCUGGCUGCAGCUCAGUGUGGAGGGGACCCCUGGGCUGGCCUCCCUGCUGUUCGGGCACCUCUCCCUCUCUGCCCAUCUUUGCCCCCUUACAGGUGUGGGGCAGGAAGGAGAGAGGGGUCAGAGGUGGGUGGAUGCCUCUGGCUCCCAGGCCAAGGCCGGGUCCAGGCAGGUGUUUGCUGAAGAGGCUAUGCUUUCAGAGUCUGGGCCCAGGGCAGCGGGGAGCAGAGGUCUGCACGGGGCUAUGACAAGGACUCCUGGGGUGGGGAGAAGGCAGGCUGGGCUCACCUUGGUCCUCCUGCAUGCUGGCCAGCACUGUGGCCGGCCUCCGGGAUGGGCCACGUUGUCAGGUGGCAGCAGAGAGAAGCCGAGGGCAGUGGGCCGGGCAUGGGGGUGGGUCUGACCGGGCCUGCUGGGCUAUGGUUGGGGGGUGGUCAGGGGCCAUCAUCACAGAGGUGCAGGACCCCUGCCCCAAUACCUGCCCCCUUCAACUCAUGUUGUUUUCAACAAGGAUUUUCUUUAUCUUCCCCCACAAUCAAGCCAAGGGAGGGGCCUGGAGUGGGGAACAGGACACAAUGAUGCUGGUCUCCAAGGGGACUGUCCAUCGACAGACACUCAGAGUGGACACUCACUUGCCCAUCUGCGGCUGUGCUCGGGACAGCUGUCCCCACCCAUGGACACAGGGUAAACAUCCGCCAGGCUCCCUGGGCCUUGGGCAGCGGCAGGGCUUGCCGUGGACAGCGUGUGGCCUGGCCACCCUCGCCUCCUGGGGCUUCCUCCCCUCCUCUCCCACUCACCCGUUCUCUCCACGGAGCUGCCUGUCUGGGAUAAUUUGGGGAUUUUUUUCUGGGGAUAGUUCUUUUGCAUGACCCCUCAUGAGCAAGCCACACCCGCUCUUCUAGCUAGAUGUUCGUGGUGUGGCGGCGUCGGCCAGCCCGCCCUGCAGAGGGUCGGCUGCCCGUGGUGCUGGCCGGCCUUUCCUCUUCUCCCUUUUUGCUGAGUUUCAUUGUCUUUUCUUUCUGAGCCUUGUAAGUGUACAAAAUUAUUAUUUUGUUCUGUCUCGGGAAACUGCAAAUAAAA